CACGUCGAAGCGCUCAACUUUGACCGAAUAGGUGUGACUUUCUCACUUGACUGGACCUGCGUUGUUUCCCUUUCCAAACGGAUAUUGCAUGUUAUUACACUACGGAGUACCUACCUUACCUUACCUUACCUUACAGCCCGGCCUACGAUCGAUCCAUUGCCUAUUAUUAUCGUCGUGCCUGCUCACUCCACUCCCCUCCCCCCCCCCCUCCCCAUCCACGGCGCCUGUCUGUCUGCGUGCCUCUUCCCUUCUUCUUCUACUCCUCCCUCCUCCUCCUCCUUCUCCUCUUACACCGACUCCUUCUAGUCCUCUUCUCUUCGCCUCCUGCCAGCAACACACGCUUACGCCGCCAUGCCAUCGUCCUGAUACAUCGGCCAUGAGAAUUGGCGGAUGCAAGGGAGACAAAGGAUCUCGAACACGAACAACGAGAAACGGCUGACACGAACUGUCCACGGUCCCUUCCUAUUGUUGGCUUUUUAAAUCCUUUCCGGGGGGCAAUCGCACUUUCGCACACACGACAUCCAGAGAAAAUUUCAGAAAGAGUGUAGGGGAAAAAGAGAACGACCAUCUGUUGAUUCGGAACGAAAGGGGGAAUUGCAUUCGCGCGGCCCGUUGCAGGACACCACCACCACCACUACUUCCACAACCGUCAACCACCAACCACCAGACGAUAGUACCAUUUUAUCGACACAUGGCCAUGAGGAUGCCAAGAAUGGAAUUCGAAUAGAUCGACAAUUCCCAUCCAAACACAAACCACACACACACACACUCGCUCACAUUCGCUUACUUGCCCGGUGAUCCAACACUAGUCACUCGUUUACCUUGUUUCUAUCUUUAUUCCCGUCCCGCCCUGGGAACACGCCGGCUUGAAAUUCGCCUCCCCCAGUUUACCAAAAAAGACAACCAACCACACCCAACAGCCGGGGCAAAAGCUCAGCCUCUGUCUACUUGGCCCAACGCCACCCCAUCGAAGCCAUGACUAAAUCACUGCGCGGGUCUUCACUCCCUCAGGCCCGCUCAUACCAUCACAAUCAUUACCAUUUACACAACCAACGUGCAGCCACCCCCGAGAAUGCGAAUCACCACCAUCGCCAACUCGACGACCCUAGCCCGACGACUCCCAGCCCCGACGCCGCCACCUCGUCGAGUGCCGCCGCACCGAGAAUCGUCGUCCAGACCGUCUCCCUCAUUCAAAUAGUCGAUGCCACCGGCUCCCCUAUCCAAGUCCAGACCAUCUUCCCGACGGCCGCCACCGUGGAUGCUUCAUCAACCACCAGUGCCGCCCUUGACUUGUCAAUUGCCGCGGUACCAUCCUCAACUUCGUCCACCGAUUCUUCGACGACAUCUUCUAGCACCACGAAUGACUCAGCACUGUCAACACCGGCGCCCACGACAUCCGCGUCCACCGACUCUUCCACCAGUCAAGAUAUCUCCUUGACGUCCGAUCCUUUAUCCACUCCAGCACCUUCAGAAGCUACGCCGUCACUCUACCCUACGUUGAGUGGCCAGUCAAACUCAACAAUUUCAUUCCUUACUUCAACAAACUCUUCUUCAACCUCAGUCUCUACCACAACCAGUUUAACUAGCCAGCUUUCAUCUGGCUCAACAAGCGUCACUUCAUCAAUACUUUCAUCCCUGUCAUCGACGACAUGGGGCUCCAACUCGGGUUCGACUGCAACCUCGACAUCGGCAUCGACCUCGAUUUCGGGUUCUAGCAGAUUGAGCACGUCUACUUUCACCACGAGCGCCUCGCAAUCGCCCUCAAAUGAAGCGACAGCUUCCGGAGAUGGGACCGCUGGUGGAAUCGGCGGCGGCGCGGCGGGGACGGCUGCACCCACUUCAACCUCCACCUCGGACGAUUCUAGCGGUGGCGGUUCGCCAACGCCAACGGCAACUGUCGUCGGAAGCGUCGUAGGAAGUUUGGCUGGAGCGGCUUUCCUCGUGGUGCUGGUAUUCCUCGCUCUUCGGUGGAAGAAGCGUACCGGUGGACGGUUCCGCCUCAGUGAGGCCAGCGCCGGCAAACGAGGCAUCCUGACCGGUUCUGGUGGUCCGCCCGGUGGCAAUGGCGGCGGAAUGGUUCAACGGUCGUUAUCAUUCGAUCCCACGACAGCGGCCGCUGGUGCCGGGGCCGGAGCAGGUGCGAUGGCUGUGGCUCACAAGCCUUCCUCAAGGAGGGCUAGCGAGCCUUCCGAAACCGGCGAGAGAGGCUUUGUCCGAGUAGCCGGCAGGAAACUGCCUUCUGUGCUACAAGCCGGAGGCGACGGUUACACAGAUCCACGCGAGGGCACCUCAGCCGCCGUGAACGACGACGAAUCAGUCUACUUCCGGGACUCCCAAGCCUUUUUCGACCCCAAUGGUCAAACAACACGCCUCGCACUCGGCUCGCCCAUGAGGCCAGUCAGCGGUGUCGUGGUCUUCAAAGAGUCGCCGGCUCGAACGCCAGUAACCGAAUCGGCGCCGUUCCCGCCUCCGGCCGCGUCUCCGCAGACAAAUCCGCCGUUCGUUCCGUUACAGCCCCCCGGUCGGGACCCAAUUGGUCGGACCUUACCUUCGCAGGACGGGUCUCGGGGCUCUCGGGGUUCGGCUUCUAGGUUUCACGAAGACAUGUGAAUUCACUUUCUUUUUCCUUUAUGUUCAACCUUUUUUCCCUUCUUCCUUUUCAUUCCCAGCUCGGCCAAUGCUGAGCUCGAGGGCAACGCCGGGACUCCAAAAACGUACCUUGAGGCGUAUUGUACAUUCUUACCAAUCUUUCAAACGAUAAUUAUUAGUACUUAUUUGGGGAGGGGUUUGGGUGGUGGGGGGUUUACACCUUUUUUGCUUUGUGCCAUCUUUGCGGACUCUACGACGGCAUAUGGAAUGGCGUUGAGAGAGUUUCUGGCACGUCUGAUGUGAGCCUUUUGCGUUCCGGUCUUGCGGAAGGGAGGUGAAUCCAUGGAGAAGUGGGAAGGGAUAUGGAUUCAAAUUUUUUUUAAAAGCAAGCAAGCUAGCACGCUUGCGUGCGCCGGCUCCGGACCGCAAUUGCUGCAUUGGCAUCCGCAGUUGAGGCGAGCGUUGGACUUGCUUGGAUGUAGAUAAGUUUUCUUUUCAGUUUCGCCCCAAGAUGGGAGGCGAGAGUGGAAGUGAGAGGUCAGAGACGGGUCAAAGGGGAUAGAGCAUGGAGGGCAACAUUAGAUUUUUACCUUUUCUGGCCACGGCCACGAAGGGGAGAAAAAGAGAAGAUGAAGUCUAUCCGACCUUUUUUUUGCCAACAAUUCUUCUGCCCUUACCUUACCUCACUUGCCUCUAGCGUACGGAGUACACGUUACAAAACCACAUGCGUACGAAGCCAAAAGGCGUGACCACCUUUUUCCGCGUAUGGAAGUUCGUGUGCUCUCCCAUGUGACGAGAACUCUAUCUCACUCGAGCUUUCUAAACCGCUGUUGGGGAUCCACUUGCGAUGAUGAACAUGCCGUGCCGUGCCCUCCCCGUCCGAUCUCUUCCCCUUGGAAGGUGGAGGGAAAUCCAAUCGUAGCAAGACCGGGGGUGAGGGACCGGAAGCGCGGCUGCGUUUGCGUUGAAUGACGGAUAGGAUGGCUUCUUGCUGAGUAGUGUAAGGAGUGAGAAGAACACAAAAAAAAAAAACCAAGUUGUCCCUUUCAUCUCCUCGGGCUGCCUCUGGGAAAGCUCGUAAGAUUCGCACCAAGAAAGACUUUUUGCGCAAAACAAAACGCGGACCCUAAGUUCAUGGGGCGAGUC